AUGGCCACCGACAACGUCGUUUUCGAUGGUUCCAGCCCCGUCGAAGGCAAGGUGGUUGCGGUUCCCAGCCAUGAGAUCAAUGAGAAGAACGCCCACGGCUCCGAGAGCAAAAUAGCUGCCAAGGGAAAUGAGCUGGAUUAUGAGAUUAAUGCUGCUCCUACGUUGUCUGAUGGUGAGGAGCCGGAAAAGAGUUCAGAUAACGAGGAUGCCAUCAUCGUCACUGGUUUCGACGCCGCACAGCACUUGCUGCCACUCCGGGACGACUUUGAGCCUGCCCUGACCUUUCGAAGCAUCUUCCUGGCAUCAUGUCUCUCUGCAUUCCAGGCUGUAAUGAGUCAGAUUUAUUCUUUCAAACCGACCCAAGUCACCAUCUCAGGCACAUUCAUCGUUCUGAUUGCCUACUUUGUUGGCAAUGCAUGGGCAACCUUUCUCCCUCGAGGUGACCAUCAAGAGGCACGAUGGAGGCAACGAAAUGGGCAGGGCAACCUCCCUCUAUGGAUUAAGAUUGUCCGCUUCAUCAACCCUGGCCCAUGGAACCUCAAAGAGCACGCCGUCUGUUCGAUUACCGCCACGUCGGCGUCCAACGCCGCUGCCAGUAUCACGGUGUUCACGGCCCAGGAUCUCUUUUACGAUUUACCCUUAAGUCCAACGACCAUAGUGCUAAGCGUCAUCUCAAUUGGUUUAUUCGGCUAUGGCAUAUGUGGAGUUUUGCGUCCAAUCUGUGUCUGGCACGUCGAAUCCGUUUUCUGGAGUAGUCUUCCCACCGUCAAGACUCUUCAGGGGCUCCAUUGGCAGGAGUUGAAAAGCUCCAAGCCUCUUCGUGUCUUCUGGUAUAGUUUCAUUGGCAUGGGCGUUUACGAGUUCUUCCCUGCCUACAUAUUCCCAUGGUUGAACUCCGUGUCUAUCCCUUGCUUAGCCUCCAUGCAUGCUGCCGGUGACAAGGCCGCGAUUCUAACCAAUCUAUUUGGCGGUGCGACCAAUAACGAGGGUUUGGGUCUUUUUACUCUGUCAUUGGAUUGGCAAUAUAUUACGUCCUUCCAGACCUCCCUGCCCCUGAAGCUACAACUCCACCAAGCCACCGGCUUCUUCGUCUGUUUCAUAGCAAUGCUCGGCAUUUACUACACAAAUGCCUGGGACGCGAAAUCGCAACCAUUCAUGUCUACCCGACUCCGAACCGAGGCCGGCAAAGCAUACCCCACAGCAAAGGUCUUUGUUGGCGGUAUUCUUGACAAAACAGCUUUGGCCAAGUAUGGCAUACCUCGACUGACAGGAAGUUUCGCCUAUGCCAUGUUUAUGGCAAACGCAGCUAUUGGUGCCUUGAUCGCCCACUGCGCGCUCUUCUGGGGCAAAGAUUUCGUCAAAGCAUACAAGAGUGCCAGGGCAGGACGAUACGACGACCGCCAUCACGUACACAUGGUGAAGCAUUACAAAGAGGCUCCCUGGUGGUGGUAUAUCAUUGUUCUUGUCUUCAGUUUUGUGCUUGGCCUGGUUGUCGUGAUCAAGGAGAACGUUACCCUUCCCGUAUGGGCGUACGUCGUCGCCCUCCUCGUCGGAUGCAUCAUAGCACCUCUGAGCACUCUUCUUUUGGCUCGUUUCGGAAAUGGCAUCGCCACGAACAACUUGUCCAAGAUGUUGGCCGGUCUGAUGAUUCCCGAGCGUCCCAUUGGAAACAUGUAUUUCUCUGCCUGGUCACACAACGUGAUUAGCAACGCCGUCGGUCUCUGCACAGAUUUGAAGAUGGGCGAAUACCUCAAGAUUCCCCCUCGUGUCAUGUUCCUCACUCAGAUCUACGGCACAGUCCUAGGCGGAUUCAUCAACUACGCUGUCAUGAUUUCCAUCGUCAGUGGUAACCGCGACCUUCUCGCCGACUCUGACGGCAACUCAUCCUGGAGUGGUGCAAGCAUUCAAUCCUACAAUACAAACGCUACCUCCUGGGCACUGGCCAAGUAUCUGUAUGGAGCUGGCUCAAAAUAUUACCUGGUUCCAAUUGGCCUAGCAGUCGGCGCUGGACUCGUCGCUGUGCAUCGGCUCAUCGCAUACUUCAUUCCCAGAAUUCGGGGCUUCGAACUUAAGGAAAUUAACUUGCCUCAGUUUAUCCAAUACGCCGGAUUCAUUCCCUACAAUCAGUCCCAGACGUGCGUAAUUUUUAGCUGGAUUUUGAGCGGCUUCUUUACACAGUUCUAUCUUCGAAACUACAAGCCACGUAUCUUCAAGGAGUACAUGUAUCUAGUUACUGGUGCUUUCGAUGGCGCCAGCCUUUUCGUGCUCUUCAUCUUAUCCUUUGCAGUGUUUGGUGCUGGUGGGAAGGCCGUUCCAUUCCCGCAGUGGUGGGGGAAUAAUUCUGGUGGCACACUUGAUCAUUGCCCAGUGCCCGAGUAA